AUGGACAAAGAAGCGUACAAUAUGGGGAAGCUUAGUGGUGACUCGCCGGAGCAUGACGGGCGGCAUGAUUCUGCCAACAUUGUGCAUGAGAAAGGCGUGGCGAUGGGAGAAGCAGCGGAUUUGUAUGGUGAUCUCGAAACUGCAGAGGAUUAUGGAUAUGUAUCCAGAGGGCUCAAAUCACGACACAUACAAUUCAUCGCUCUUGGUGGUACAAUCGGAACUGGUCUCUUCCUCGGUAUUGGGAGAGCCUUCACACAAGCUGGCCCUCUGUCCCUUCUCCUUGGGUACACCUUCACUGGUAUCGCUAUCUUCGCUAUGAUGAUGUCUCUCGGUGAGAUGGCAACAUGGCUUCCAUUACCUGGCGCAAUCCCUCAGUUCUGCGCUCGCUACGUGGACGGCUCCGUUGGUUUUGCUGUGGGCUGGAACAACUGGUACCAAUCCGCCAUCACACUCUGCGCUGAAAUUUCUGCAGCCUCCGUCGUCAUACAAUUCUGGGAAGGAUCGCGUGACAUCAAUGUUGCAGCGUGGAUCUCUAUAAUUAUUGUGAUCAUUCUCUUCCUCAAUGUGUUCGCGGUCUCUGUCUACGGAGAGGCCGAGUUCUGCUUUGCGUCAAUCAAGAUUAUUACCAUUGUCGGUUUGAUCAUAUUCGCCUUUAUUAUCGACUUGGGCGGUGGACCGAAACGCGACCGACUCGGCUUCCGCUACUGGAACCAUCCAGGGGCUAUGAAAGCAUUUGUAGCUGACGGCGCAACGGGUCGCUUCCUCGGUCUCUGGUCUACACUUGUGAAUGCCGCUUUCUCUUACGGAGGUGUUGAAAUGGUGGCCGUUGCGGCCGGCGAAGCGGAAAAUCCAAGACAUAAUAUCCCCAAGGCUGUGCGGAGAGUCUUCUGGCGUAUCUUGUUCUUCUACGUCCUUGGAUCUCUGGCAAUUGGGGUCUUGAUCCCAUACAACGAUGACAGGCUGUUGAAGGCACAGGAAGGUUCGGGUGACACAGGCGCUGCCUCCCCGUGGGUCAUUGCUGCGUACCGCGCUGCAGUGCCCAUCUUACCUAGUAUCAUCAACGCGGUCAUCUUGACAUCGGCGACUUCCUCCGCCAACGCUUUCCUUUACACCGGAUCAAGAUAUCUGUAUGCUCUAGCACAGAACAGGCAAGCUCCGCGCUUCCUGCUUCGAUGCACGAAACGGGGUAUUCCCAUCUACUGCAUCCUGAUCACUGCCUCAAUCUCCCUCUUGACCUACAUGUCCUGCUCUUCAGGCUCCGCCACCGUCUUUACGUGGUUCCAAAACCUAACUACAAUCGCCAACCUUUUCACCUGGAUGUCCGUCUCGCUGGCUUACAUCAAAUUCCACGCUGCACUGAAAGCUCAAGGGAUUGACCGCAGUCUACCGUUCAACCAAGAGACCAACCCGAAUGGCCUCGUUUUCCGCUCACCUUUCCAACCAUACACUGCCUGGUUCAGCUUGAGCUUCUUUGCGCUCGUCACGGUGUUCAACGGCUUCUACGUUUUCCCUUCACCAACGAGGAAAUUUGACCGAGACGGGUUCAUUACAAAUUAUGUCGGUAUUCCGAUCUACUUUGCACUUCUGAUCUUCUGGAAGGUGUUCAAGAGGACAAAGUGGGUGAAAGCAGAAGAGGCAGAUAUCUUUACCGGGAAGAAGGCGCUAGAUUCGGCGGUCUGGCCUGACCGUGUGCCGAGAAACGCCCUGGAGAAAAUAUGCUGGGUUGCUGUAACUUUUUCACACGAUCGAUUGAGCGCUGAACACGGCCCGGGAGGGCCUGGAGGGGAUGUGAUCGCAUUCGAAUGGCUCACGCCGGGGGUGGUGGACGAGGAUAAGGCAUUUAUCGACGAUGUAACUUUAGAGUUGACAGAUGGUUGGAAUAAUCCUUACCGCAAUGCGCAUAAUGCAGCGACCCAGGCUACAGAUGCAGACGGCAGCCCAGCGCAUAAGACAGCAUCUGCUCCACAGAACCACCAGCAAGAUACCUCUCCCAAAACGAACGGUAUUACCUCCACACCUCAUCAGUCGCAUACUCACCGACCUUCGCUCUUACACCGGUCACAAUCUGAGAAAGCCGAGAAGGCAGAGUCUCCUCAGAUUGUCCCUAAAAGCCAAAAAGACCAGAAGCCGUCGGGUCCGGGACGAAAAAGCUCAUGGGUUUCUAGCAUCAGCUCUAGAUUCUCGAGUUCGAAGCAACCGUCGACAGAGUCAACCGAGGUUUCAACGUCACCGCCUUCAAAACCAGCCAGAAGCCCAUCAAUAGACCACUCAAAUCCGUUUGGCGCCGCCGUCUCUCCAGGCCAGAAGGAUGAGAAAAAGAACACAGAGCCUCUAACUAUUACCCCACCAAACUCUCCAGGAAAGAGCCAUGGCUUUUUACAAAGCGCGAUGCGAAGAUUGUCUGCCAGUGGUAGCUCUUCUAUUGGGAAGCCUGCGGGCACUGGCGCGGCUUGUGCUCGAAAGACCAUGAAUAUUGAUCCGUACCGGGAACGAUGCCCAUUGCCGGACUUGGAGCAACAAAAGUUGAGACGGGUUGCUUUUUCAGUGGAUGUCGAGAUUGCUGGAUCGGCACAAUACCCGGGCGCCGAAGUGGAACCGCAUGUCAACUCGCUUUACAUCGAUGGAGAGCCUCAGCGGAACAAGCCUGAACGUGAGGAUGAGGAUAAGAAGCAGAAGGAUCAAAAGCAUAAAAGGGCGGAAGGAGACGCUCUCAAGGGUCCCUCGCCGAGUCUUGUAGGAGACAAGGAUGUUGAGAACGCAGACAAGAAUUCCAAUAUCGGACCAGUAUCAGAUGGCACAGUAGAUCUACAGCUAGCGAAUGGGGAGGAGAAAGCCGAGCCAGCUAAAAAGAAAGAGAAGAAAAAGCGAUCGGAAGAGGAGCGCAAGCAACGGAAGGAGAGAAAGCAAAGGGAUGCUCUUGCUAAGGGCAAGAUCCCGGCAGAAAUACAUCGAGAAGGUAGUGAUAGUGGGAGCUCAACACCACCUGGCUCUCAGACCCCACCAAAAGCACAAGAUCGACCGACUACAGAUCCUCUGAGAAUAUACCGCCGAUGUUGUCAGCUUCGAGAAACGCCUGUUCAGAAGCGGAUUGUCGAGCAGAUAUCUUCACCUUCUGCUUGUUCCCAAACAGAGCCAGGUGUUCUCUCCAGCCUCGAUCUCUCUGGAUACUGGAUGCAGCUCCCUGACGUGAUCACCCUCGGUGAUUACUUAGCAGUCGUGCCCGUCAAACGCUUGAGUCUGGAAAAUUGCGGUUUUGGAGACGAGGCUGUACGAGUCAUUCUUGCUGGUUUACUCGGAGCCAAAACACCAGAGCAGGCAAAGUUCAACAGGAAGUUGGGGAAGAAACAUCCGGACAAAGCAAAAGGUGUAAUGGAGACACUCGGGGUUAUUGAAAAGCUCAAUCUCAAGAAUAAUCCAAAGAUUGGUAAAGAAGGGUGGCGGUAUAUUGCCCUCUUCUUGUAUCUGUCGAGGUCGCUAAAGGCCAUUGAUCUUUCGAUGAUACCAUUCCCACCACCGCUUACAAAAUCAGACAGCGCUAAAUCACACAGCGACCAUCCAGUCAGCCAAAUAGACUUGCCAACGAUGUUGCAUGACGCAAUCAGUACGAGGCUAGCAGGUGAUCAUCUAGAGGAGUUGGUCAUGUCGAAGUGCAGUCUCAGUCCUGAAUGUGUGGGACACAUUGUUGAAGCUGUCAUCAAAUGUGGUGUCAAGCGACUUGGUUUGGCUAGCAACGAUUUGACAGAGGAAGGCUUUGAUCAUGUGCUUCGAUAUCUGAGAGCAGGACAGUGCGAAGGACUUGAUAUCGGUGGCAACGACGUACGGAGAUAUCUAGAGGCCCUCACGGAAGUUCUAAAUGAUCAACAUCCGCUCAUUGCACUGAGUCUUGCAGAUUGCAAACUAGCUCCAUGCUCUCUCGAGCACCUCUUCCCAUCUUUGAUACGACUGCCCAACUUUCGAUUCCUCGACCUCUCUCACAAUCGCGAUCUUUUCACGACGAAGCCAUCCGCAAUCAAUACUAUUCGUAAAUAUCUACCCCAAUUCCCGAUUCUGAAGCGAUUACACCUUCUUGAUGUUGCAAUGACACCUGAGCAUGCGAUUGCGCUCGCAGAGGUCCUACCAGAAAGCAAAUUGCUAGCCCACCUGAACAUCCUCGAGAAUCACCUCCUCGCUCCAUUAUCCGAGGCAAAGACAGAGACAGCUCAAGAAGAAGCGUGCGCCUUCUAUGCAUCCUACAUGGCGGCUGUCCGUGUCUCCGAAUCAAUCAUAUGUGUAGACCUCGAAGUCCCGAGUAACGAAUCUAGCGAUAUCGUCAAAGCUUUGGCGAAGCAAGUCGUUGCAUACUCUCUGGGAAAUAUGGAACGCAUGCCACUUGCCGAGACUACAGACUCUGCAAUUGCAGCAAUGACUGAACCUCACGGUAGCGAUGAAGACAAGACUGUACCUGACAUUCUCCUCCAUCUAGUUGGACACAUGGACGGCUAUCAAGAAGAUCAUGACGAUGACGAGCCUGCGCCAGACAACGACUACAUCGUUGGAGGCACAGGCCUAGUCAAAGCUCUUGAUAUUUGUUUGAAGAGAGCAGGUGAAGGAAGGAUGGGAUCAUCCACCGACCUGCAAUCAGCAAGCGGCACAGGUACCCCUCAAGCAGUUCUACAACAUAGUGAGGUAGCCAAAGGCAAAGCGAAGGAAAUGUCCAAGAACCUGCUCGAGAGCGCCCGCAAAAUCCGCGCCAGACUUCAGCCCGCUCUCAUCAAAGAAGCUCGCGCUGGGAAUGGAAUGGAUUAUCACCGUCUCAAAUUCCUCGACACAACACUCGAAGGCAUGAUCCAGCGUUUCGAAGACGAAUACCCCGAAACCCGCCUCCCUGCCUCUCCCUCCACCCUCCCCACCGACAUCUCCUCGCCGCCACCCUCUUCACCACCCACGUCAUCCCUCUUCCCCGAAAUCGACGCCACAGCCACAACCUCUAUCGUCCACCACCCCACCACCAGCUUCUCCUCCCGCCGUUCUUCCUCUCCCGGCCUCGCAUCCCGGCAAGCUCAAGAAGAAGGCCGCAUGCACCGCAUUGGACAGCGCCUGCGCCGCGAGAUUUUCAAAACCGACGCCGAGACCAACAGCGAGGGCGAGGGCGCUCUCCUGGAUCGCACGGGCAACGAAUCCGACCCGCCCCAUUUGCAGGAAUUGAGGGGUAAGCUGGAAGAGUUCGAAGGGAGGGAGCUGGAGGAAAGGAUGAGGACGCUGGGGGUCGAGGGCGUGCUGGGCGCUAUUGGCGCUAGUAAAGAGGAGUUGGAGGAGUUGGAGCGAAAGACGAAGAUGUUGGUUGAGGAGGGCAGGGGGGAGGGGGAUGAGGAGGCGUGCAGGCGGUGUAGGGAGAUGAGGAGGAUUAGGGAAAGGGUGGAGGAGAUUUGGAGGGAGGAGGUUGCGAGGGAUUUGGAGCGCGGGGGUUCGGGCGUUUUGAAGUGA